AUGGCCCCCACAACUACUAUCUUUACUAGAGAGGUGUCUGAUGCCGUUGAUCUUCCUGGACAGGGAAAGGCUCGUCGUUGCUACAAAACACCUCCAGGUCCUAUAGUUGGACUACUUCCAGGCAUCAACACGCUGCACGAUGUCUUGCAAAACGGAGUUUCUAUUUCUGGUGAUAAACCCUUUCUCGGUACAAGAGCCAUGACUAGUGCUGGUUUUGGUCCAUAUUCCUGGCAAACUUACAAUCAGGUCCUCCAGCGUGUCAAGAAUCUUGGUGCUGGUCUUGUUAAGCGUGGCAUGAAGGAAGGCGAUAACAUUGGUCUGUUUUCUAUUAAUCGUGCUGAAUGGAUUAUUGCUGAGCAUGCAUGCUUUAUGUAUGGCUCAACCACAGUUCCGCUUUACGAUACUCUUGGCGAAGAGGCCAUUGAGUAUAUUAUUGGACUUACCCACUGCUCAAUUGUCGUUGCUACAUCUGACAAGGCAAAGAUAUUAAUUAAAAUGGCUGAAAAAAUUCGGGAUAUCAAGACAGUCGUGAUUAUGGACGAAGCCAGCGAAUCCUUGAUUAGCGACGGUGCUGCUGCCGGUAUGCAGAUUUUCAGUAUGAAGGAUACCGAGUCUGUCGGUGCCGAGUCUCCCCUGCCUGCGGUAGCAAUCAACAAGGACACGAUUGCCACCAUUUGCUUCACUAGCGGAACUACUGGGCUUCCCAAGGGCGUUGUCCUGUCCCACGAAAAUCUGUUGUCAUUCAAUACUGGUGCUCGUACAUUUAUGAAAGAAAGCCUUGUUCCAGAAAUAACUAGUAGCGAUGUCCACAUCUCCUAUCUUCCUCUAGCACACGUUUUUGAGCGUAUCAUUCAGUGCGCCAUCAUUUACUCUGGUGCAAGCAUUGGUUUCUAUCAAGGCGACACGUUCAAACUUCUCGAUGAUGUUGCCGAGCUUAAACCAACCGUUUUUGUGUCUGUUCCCCGUCUGUACAACCGCAUCUAUGAUAAAGUGCUGGCAUCUGUCAAAAAGUCGGGUGGUCUAUCCGCCAAGCUUUUCAACCAUGCUUAUGCUACCAAGAAGAAGAACUUGCAAAAUGGUGUUACAACGCAUGUUCUUUGGGAUGCCCUUGUGUUCUCCAAGAUUCGUGCACGUCUCGGAGGUCGUGUACGAUGGAUGUUGUGUGGUGCCGCACCCAUCUCUGCCGAUGUAGUCGAUUUUAUGCGUAUCUGCUUUUUGUGCAGCUUUAGUGAAGGCUAUGGUCAAACUGAAACCAGUGGUGGUGCAUCGUGCACUGUUGUCCAGGACACUUCUGCUGGUCACAUUGGAGUUCCCAUGCCUCAAUGUGAGAUCAAGCUGUUUGAUGUUCCAGACCUCAACUAUACUUCGCAAGACAAACCUUUCCCUCGUGGUGAGAUUUGCGUGCGCGGUGCAUGCGUGUUCAAGGGAUACUACAAUAGUCCAGAAAAAACGGCCGAGGUCCUUGAUGCAGAUGGAUGGUGUCAUACCGGUGAUAUUGGUAUGUGGGAUGCUCAGGGACGCUUGAAGAUUAUUGAUCGAGUCAAGCACAUUUUCAAGCUUGCUCAAGGAGAGUAUAUUGCGCCAGAAAAGAUUGAGAUGGUCUAUCACCAGCACGAACUUGUUGCACAAUCAUUUGUUUAUGGCGAUAGUCUGCAGUCCACCGUCAUUGCUGUCAUUGUUCCAGACAAGGAUUCAUUCAUGCCAUGGACCAAGAGUCUUGGCGCUACUAGUGAUUCGUUUGAAGCUCUUUGCAAAGAGGAGAUGGUCAAAAAAGCCAUGCUCAAGGAACUGACUGCAUUUGGUAAAUCGCACGAUCUCAAGGGCUUUGAAUGUGUCAAGGCAAUCCACUUGGACCACACUGCAUUUUCACCCGAAAAUAAUCUACUAUCGCCUACAUUCAAGCUGAAGCGACACGAAGCAAAGAAGCUUUACCAGCCCCAGAUUACAGCCAUGUAUGAAGAAAUUAACAAGGUUUAAAAUAUCGAAUGCCGCUCCUUGACUUGCAUCACUACUUUACCUCCUAACCACUUUUGACGGAUUAUCUCAGUCUAAUAUCAUGUCUGAGCUACUAAUCUUCCUAGCCCACUUAUCCUCAUCUGAAUUACCAAUGAAUUAAAAAUCAUCGAUACUAUG